AUGCAGUUCCUUACCCGACUGGUAGUAUCAACAAAUAUAAGGCAACCACUGCAGCCUAAAUGCCAAGCCAGAGUUGUGCACAUAUUAAUGAUUGGUCUUAGACACAGGGCUGCUUUAUAUUUCUUUAUUUUUCUUUUAAUCACAACUAAACAAGCAAUGGGGUACACUGAGAUUCAUUGCCGCCUUUGCGCUGUUACCUUCAACAUUAGCCGCCGCCGACUUCGGACCGAGCCAGAAUGGAUGAGUUGGACGUGCACGGGUGAUAAAAAGACUUCUGGGUGUCAGCUGGGAAAACUCCCAAACCCAGCGACAUGUACUGAUGAAGGAAAAGAUGACAGCGGUGAUGAUUGUGACGACUAUUCGCGCAAAGAUGUGACCCAGGAUUCCACUGACCUGGACGCAAUCAUGGAUGAAAGGGAGGAUGAGGACUACACUUUUGAGGAGGAGGAUCAAUAUGAAGAACUGGAAUACCAAACCGACUGUGGUUCCGAUAUUUCCGAAGAGGAGAGUGCCAUGGAUAUCGACAACGAGCCCGAGGACCAACUUUAUAUGAUGUUUCGAUAUUUCAUCAAUAAUGAACCUCGCCCAAAACAUAAGUGUGAUCGAGGUCGAGGCUACGAUGGCAAGAGCAUAACUGCAAUUGAAAUGAGAGGUUGUAACACUGCGCAAUGUCUGCUUAGCAAAGCGCACCAUGACAGUGCGAUGCGAGAAGAGGCUGAUGAUCAAGACUUUGAACGCGGGGGCCGCUAUUGUCUGUCGGGAUUGUGCGAUCACGUAAGAUCGAGAGACAGCGGUAGCGAGGAAGUUGUUCCUUCCCGCCACGGAGUAAGCAGACCGUACGUCGACAACGUCUCAAUUCAGGCUGAUGGUGAUAAUUUCACCGCAAUUCCUUUCCACCCUGCUUGUUUUGAUAUCUUCUCACGAUUGUCAAGAAAGCGCUUUGGCUAUAUUAAUUUCGAGGCGCUGGGAAAUUGGUGUUUCGACCAGCAUGAUUGGGAUUCAGUAGAAUCAAAUGACAAAAACGUCAAAAAGUGUUCGGACCAAUGGUGGAAUCAUAGAGACGGCUGCGAGUACCUCGCGGCAAACCCUCUCUUCAUCCCGGACCUCGCGCCGAUUCUCCGCGGCGUUGUUCAAGAUGAUGAAAAUUUCAGCCCACAGAAUGGAAGCUUCAAUGUACCGCCAAACUACCACGAUGGAGAUGGAGACGACGUCUUCAAUACACUUCCUCUGGAGAUACGACUUCAAACGCUUUCCUACUUGUCCUCGAGUGAUAUUGCAAAUCUGCGUCUUGUUUCGCACACCUUUCGCCAGUUGCCAAUUUUUCUUUGGAGAGAUCUGCUAAAAGCAGAAAUUCCAUGGUUAUGGGAGGUUUGGAGCGACGACGUUCCUUUUAUCUGGGCAACCACCACAAACGAAGCGAUUGUUGAACAUCGAAAGAUAGAAGAAGAGACUCGAGUCUGGCGAGAUAAUGCUCGCACUAUCAUCAAGCAGGAGAUGCCGGAAAUUUACGACGAAUGGGAUCAAGAUGUAGCAAAGCUGCUUUCAGAGAGGCCCGGGUUUUUGGAGGCGGGACGAGCCGAUGCAAUGAAUGAAAUGGUGCGACUUCCUAUCGGCAAAACAAACUGGUUUCAAUUAUAUACAGAGAUUACUAGGAACUGGAAGAGUUUGAAGGGUUUGCAAAACAGGAAGAGGAUUUGGAUUGAUGUUGAGAAGAUCGUAGACGAACUUAUUGAGUAUUCGUGA